UGAUCGGCGGCCGCCAUGUUAGGAUCUCAGUGGCGGCGCAGUCAACCUUUUCGGGCGGCCGAGGAGUGGAGUCAACAUAUCAAUGGAGCAAGUCACAGUCGUCGGUGCCAGCUUCUUCUUGAAAUCUACCCAGAAUGGAAUCCUGACAAUGAUACAGGACACACAAUGGGCGAUCCGUUCAUGUUGCAACAAUCUACAAACCCAGCACCAGGAAUUCUGGGACCUCCACCUCCCUCAUUUCAUCUUGGGGGACCAGCAGUUGGACCAAGAGGAAAUCUGGGUGCUGGAAAUGGAAACCUCCAAGGACCAAGACACAUGCAAAAAGGCCGAGUGGAAACUAGCAGAGUUGUUCACAUCAUGGAUUUUCAGCGAGGGAAAAACUUGAGGUACCAACUGUUACAGCUGGUGGAACCAUUUGGAGUUAUUUCAAAUCAUCUGAUUCUAAACAAAAUUAAUGAGGCAUUUAUUGAAAUGGCAACCACAGAAGAUGCUCAGGCUGCAGUUGAUUAUUAUACAACCACACCAGCAUUAGUAUUUGGCAAGCCAGUGAGAGUUCAUUUGUCCCAGAAGUAUAAAAGAAUAAAGAAACCUGAAGGGAAGCCAGAUCAGAAGUUUGAUCAAAAGCAAGAGCUUGGACGUGUGAUACAUCUCAGCAAUUUACCCCAUUCUGGCUACUCUGACAGUGCUGUCCUCAAACUUGCUGAGCCCUAUGGGAAAAUAAAGAAUUACAUACUGAUGAGGAUGAAAAGUCAGGCCUUUAUUGAGAUGGAGACCAGAGAAGAUGCAAUGGCAAUGGUUGAUCAUUGUUUGAAAAAGGCCCUUUGGUUUCAGGGGAGAUGUGUGAAGGUUGAUCUGUCUGAGAAAUAUAAAAAACUGGUACUGAGGAUUCCCAACAGAGGCAUUGACUUACUGAAAAAAGAUAAAUCCCGGAAAAGAUCUUAUUCUCCAGAUGGCAAAGAAUCUCCAAGUGAUAAGAAAUCCAAAACUGAUGGUUCCCAGAAGACUGAAAGUACAGGUGAAGGAAAAGAACAAGAAGAGAAGUCAGGUGAAGAUGGAGAGAAAGAUAUGAAAGAUGACCAGACAGAACAGGAGCCUAACAUGCUUCUUGAAUCUGAAGAUGAGCUACUUGUAGAUGAAGAAGAGGCAGCGGCACUGCUUGAAAGUGGGAGUUCAGUGGGAGAUGAGACCGAUCUUGCAAAUUUAGGUGAUGUGUCUUCUGAAGGGAAAAAGGAGCCUUCAGACAAAGCUGUGAAAAAAGAUGCAAAUGCAAGUUCUUCAGCAGCAGCAAAGAAAAAGCUUAAAAAGCGUCGUUUCCCAGGGAGUAUGGAAGGUUUUGUCACUCUAGAUGAGGUUGGUGAUGAGGAAGAUUCGGAACUACAGAAACUUCGUAAAUCGGGCAUGGCAUUUAAAUCUGGUGACAAAAAUGAUGAUGGUUUGGUUGAAAUUAAGGUGGACAAGAUGGAGGAACUUGAUCAAGAAAACGAAGCAGCGUUGGAAAAUGGAAUUAAAAAUGAGGAAAAUACAGAACCAGGCGCUGAAUCUGCAGAGAAUGCUGAUGAUCCCAACAAAGAUCCAAGUGAAAAUGCAGAUGGCCAAAGUGAUGAAAACAAGGAGGACUAUACAAUCCCAGAUGAGUAUAGAAUUGGACCGUAUCAGCCCAAUGUUCCUGUUGGUAUAGACUAUGUGAUACCUAAAACAGGGUUUUACUGUAAGCUGUGUUCACUCUUUUAUACAAAUGAAGAAGUUGCAAAGAAUACUCAUUGCAGCAGCCUUCCUCAUUAUCAGAAAUUGAAGAAAUUUCUGAAUAAAUUGGCAGAAGAACGCAGGCAGAAGAAGGAAGCUUAAGAUAUUCAAGAAGCUUAAUGAUUUCAAAAGAAAAUAAUGGUUCUUUGUUUUUAAUGUUAACCUUUUUUAAAUACAGUACUGAUAGUUAGAAAAAUAUUGUACUCUUUUGUUUUAGUGGAAAAAAUAAUAGAUGUCUGUUCAUGUGUUUAAGUGUUAUAGCAAAAAUACAGAUACAGUUAAUGAAUAGUUUUUGUUCUAUCAGAAUGGCAACAGACAGAAGUACUUUGUAGAGACUGACUCCAUAACUUAAGAUAACUUGCACCACUAAGAAAAAUACAUAGAAACAUUCAGAGAAAUUAAAUUUAGUAGUUCCAGGUUUCAAAGAAAUGUCAACUUUGGAUUCCAUUCAAUAAAGAACAAAACCAGUUGUAUUUUUAUUACUUUCAUCUGAAACAUUCCACAUUUUAAUCUGAGCCUUGCAGACUUUAUUUGGAGUUUGAAGUUUUUUGGUUGCAUUUCAUUUUUGGAGAAUGUCAUUAAUGUGAGAUUGGCAUUAAGAUGUAGGUGCAGUUUUCUUUUAAUGUCAUGCUGUUGUUUAGGUAAUGAGAAAAACUUAAGUAAUUGGCUUUAGAUUUUGUAACUUUUUUUCCUAAUUUCCUGCUAGAUUUCGUAUUCUAGUAGUCAAUGUAUUUUCAGUGAAAUGUAAAAAAUAUUCCCGUUCUCUUUGACCAGUAUUAAUUUCUUGAGAUCUUAUUGCUUGUCACUUGAAUCCUGUAGCGGUCAUACAUCUCGGGUAUAAGCAACAUUUGAGUUCUGAAGUGUGUAAACCAUCUCUUCAUAUUUUCAAGAUGUAGUUUUACAUUUUUGCAUUUUAAAAUGUUUGGCCAUGAUUCUAGACGCACGC